CAGCAUUUUAAAUAGUAAGAUAUGAGCCAGCGUAGCCAGCUGAGGACCUUGUGUUAACGUGAUCAAUGCUGAUCAGAAACUUAGUAACGUGCACGUUAGGGAAGGGGCCUGCCAGCCGAUGCGGCAGAAAUGGUGGUUUCUCGACGAGCAGCAGUAACGCAGAGUUACAUUUGUUCAAUCACUAGAGAUCUGUGCAGGAUUGCGAAGAGCGCAGUUUGUGGCUAACGGGCGGUACUGUUACCGUGGCGGAAACAACACAAGCCAGCUCUCAUAUACAGACUUUAAGGUGAUGGUAGAGCAGAGUUGUGGGCCGAAGGGGAACUUCAGCAGGCAGCCUGACAGAAAUCGACUCGACUGACUUCGAAGGGAGGGGCGCGCCGGCUGAAUCUUCUCUUUUGACUGGGGACGGACUGCGCUUUCCUGUUCUGCAGUGAUGGAGGCCAUGGCAGUGAGCACCUCGGCAUCCAGCCCGGACGAGUUUGACCGCAACGUGCCGCGCGUCUGCGGUGUCUGCGGGGACAAGGCCACCGGCUUCCACUUCAAUGCCAUGACCUGUGAGGGCUGCAAGGGCUUUUUCAGGCGCAGCAUGAAGCGCAAGGCCACCUUCACCUGUCCCUUCAGUGGCAGCUGCACCAUCACAAAGGACAACCGCCGGCACUGCCAGGCCUGCCGCCUCAAACGCUGCCUGGACAUCGGCAUGAUGAAAGAGUUCAUUUUGACAGACGAGGAGGUGCAGCGGAAGAAGGAGCUGAUCCUGAAGCGGAAGGAAGAGGAGGCACUGAGGGAGGCGCAGCGGCCCCGGCUGAGCGCGGAGCAGAACCAUGUCAUCGCUACCCUGGUGGAGGCACAUCACAAGACUUACGACGACUCCUACUCCGACUUCUCCCGCUUCCGGCCCCCGGUGAGGGAGGGCCCAGUCACGCGCAGUGCCAGCCGUGCUGCCUCGCUUCAUUCGCUGACCGACGUCUCCUCAGACUCCUUAGGCCACUCUCCAGAGUCCAUGGACCCGAAGAUGAACUUCACCAGUCUUCUGAUGAUGUACCAGGAGAGCAACAGCAGCCCUCAGAACAGAGAGGAAGACAGCCAGCACCUGUCCAUGCUGCCCCAUCUGGCCGACCUGGUCAGCUACAGUAUCCAGAAGGUCAUCGGCUUUGCCAAGAUGAUCCCGGGGUUCAGAGAUCUAACUGCAGAGGAUCAGAUUGCGCUGCUCAAAUCCAGUGCCAUUGAGAUCAUCAUGCUGCGCUCCAACCAGUCCUUCAACCUGGAGGAUAUGUCCUGGAGCUGUGGGGGCCCUGACUUCAAGUACUGCAUUAACGACGUCACCAAAGCUGGACACACUAUGGAGCUGCUGGAACCACUAGUGAAGUUCCAGGUCGGGCUAAAAAAGCUGAAUCUCCAUGAGGCCGAGCACGUUUUGCUGAUGGCCAUCUGCCUCCUGUCCCCCGACCGGGCCGGUGUGCAGGACCACGCCCGUGUGGAGUCCCUUCAAGACCGCCUCUCGGAGGUGCUGCAGGCCUACAUCCGCGUGCAUCACCCCGGCGGCCAGCUGCUCUACGCCAAGAUGAUCCAGAAGCUGGCGGACCUGCGGAGCCUGAAUGAAGAGCACUCCAAGCAGUACCGCUCGCUGUCCUUCCAGCCCGAGCACAGCAUGCAGCUCACGCCGCUCGUGCUCGAGGUCUUCGGCAACGAGGUCUCCUAGUGGCUGGCUGAGGGAGUGCUGAGGAGUGGACAGGCUGUGGACCAGGUGGUCAGUGGUGGUACCCAUAUAGUGAAGAAGGGACUGCAGGCAGAUUUAAUCACACACACACACACACACACACACACACUCUAUUAGGGGAGCCAUUCUUGCAUGGGUUGCCUUUUGGGGGAAUGACCCCAGGUAAACUGGUGCAAACACACACUCACGCCUACUAUAAAUAGGGCACGGUCAUGCCGUCUGUGUCCUGUGUUUGUGUAAGGGGAUAUUUCACGGCCGCUGUUGGGGGUGGGGGUGUGGGCGCAGUGUUACAAACAGCCCCACAUACCCAGCAGCUUUGCCAAGUGCCCUCUUACCCAGAUUUCCCACAAGGAAGCCCCUGGUUCUGGCUGUGCCCCCCCCGAAAAAAACUGUUGCCCAGUUCCUGGUCAGAUUGCCCCUAAUACGAUAGAAAACAAAACUGCCUCUGUAUUACUUUUAUUGGCCGAGGGACAAAUGGGGGCAGGGUUUAAUUACCCGGCUUCCUCAUAGGGCUGAAUGAAGCAUUGCAAAGUGCCUGCGCCUCGCGCCUGGUGGCAUAGCUGCACUUCUGUGGCUCCCCCAGUCCAGGAUGUGUGACUGCAGCAGCAGGGUGACUGCUUUGUGGGCGGGGCUUUGGCAGGAAGUGCAGCUGCUUACAUGCAUUCAUUACAUUUCCUCUGUAUUGCAUAGCUUACCAGACACUAAGCUUUACGGUGCUGUUCAGCAUCGAUUGUACCUACAGCCUUUUCCCUGUCUGUGCGUUUUUUUUUUUUUUUUUGUAAUGUCUCCCCUAUCAGAUACUGAUUUAAUUGAUUCAGUGCCAAAAACACUUGUGGUACCAUGACAGUAAUGAGCUGAUCCUAUGCUGCCAUUUACUGCUGCCCUCUAGUGGUUACAUGUUGUAAAUAUUUUACUUUUUCUGUACAUAAGUAUGGCGAAGUAGCUCUACUACUAAUUAAAGUAUUAAGUAUAUUCUGAAAAUAUAUGCAAAUAUAUGGGGAAUUCAAUUUUUUUUCUUAAAAUAACAUUUCUUAAGCAGGUAUAUCUAGCUGCCAUUUUAGGUGGGAUCGUGCUGUCUGGGAUGGUUUAUUCUGUGCAGAUUCUGUAACAAUUUUUUGUGGUGGGGGUGUGGCAUUGAACUGUUGCUCUGAAUGUGUAUUUUUAAUGGAAGAUUGGAGAAAAAAAUUACACUAAACAUAAUGCUGCUGUCUAAUGAAAGCCAUAGAUCUGUACGUAUGGGACUAGAUCUGCUGCGAUUGUGCUGUUCUUGUACUGAUUCCACACAGCUGAAGCAGAGAGCUGUAGAAUCAGCCCAGGCCGUAUGUGUGAUGCCUUUAUAGAUGAGGAUGCAUAGCAGGGUGGGGGGGACGGGUUGUAAGAGUUCUGACAUCAGGUAAGUGUAGCACAACAAACCUCAGCGUGGGGGGGGGUGUGGUGACUGGGGCAGCUUACCCGUGGUUCCUCUAUGCGUGGGCACAUCUGCAUGCCCACCCUGUGUUCAGGGUGCUUUUCGUGCAGCUUCCCAGCAGUGCCACAUAAAAGCGUAGCUGGUGUCAUGCUGGAUGUCGCAUGUCGCGAUGCGAGGAAAGUGCAGCCUGACUCUUGGGUGCCCCCUGCAGGGCGUACAGAUAAACUGCAGUGCUGGGCUCCAUCAAGAGAAUGAUCAUUCUGGCAUUCACUCAGUCACCCCUGGGGGCCCCAGACUGAGGAAUGUGACCUUUGUGGGUGGGCGACGGAGGCCUCUGUGAGCUCUGGGGAAAAACAGGACGAGGUGAGGGUGAAAAAAAACAAGCCUCGUCCUGCCGGUCCUAUCCCAGGAAUGCCUAGCUCCGCUGCCCAGCUUAUAGAGUCAUUGGCUGGAGUCUAACAUCAGUCUACUUAAAUUGCUGCCCGGGGGCCAUUUUAAGCAUUUUACCUACAGCUCCAUGGACAUGCAUCGUUUUGCCAUGAUUAGCCCAGUCUGGGCACUGGCAGGCUCAGGCGGCUCAGUGGGUGGAGCUGAAGUCAGCUGAGGUGGGGCCAGGAUGUAGCGCUGCCUCAGAAUGCCAGGCCAGGCUCUCCUCUUCCUCCUAUAGGCUGAUUGGUCAUCAGCUUCCCUGCUUUUCCAGCACAGAGAUGCCAAAGGAAGGGCCUUGCACAUACCCACAGCUGCAGAUACUUCAAUCCAAAGCUCUCCACAACUCUGCUUCUUUUAAAUAUUUUUAUAAUUAAGCUGGAAAUUUUGACCGUAGCACCUCAGACUGGGUAACUUCCCCUAGGGGUCCCCGGGUCUAAAUCAGCUGGCCUUUUCGGCUGCAUCGUCACCCCCACAGAAGUUGCUUGCUUGUGGCCAUUUCCUGACAGGAAGGAGUCAGAGUAAAUAGCCAAUCACAGUAAGGCAGACUGUGACACUAAGACUGGCUUCCUGUAUAUCUGAAGUCCUACUCAUACCAGGAAAUGAGUUCAAAAGGUCAGAUUUGUAACACAUUUCCAGGCUGCCCUCUCACAAAGUGACAUCCUUCCCUGCCCUUUUAGGUAGAUCUUCUAUGUCCUGCUCCAUUUUGGUGAUCUCAGCUGGUUUCCAGUGAUACACAAGUUGAAAACUUUUUUAAAUUUUUUUAUUAUUAUUAUUAUUAUUUUUUUAAACAAGAGUGUUAGGGGAGCUGUGACUGACAAACUACCUCUGUGAUCCACAUAAGUAUCCUCACACAAAGGAUUAUUAUUAUUGUUAUUAUUAUUAUUGUUCAUCUUCAUGCUGGAUUGUUUACCUCAGAGUUGUUUGGUGCACUGUGCUCGCAGUGUUGUGAGGUGAUGCCAUAGCUCUAUCUGGUUCACGUCCUACUUCACUUGUACGAGGCGUGACGUCUCCCUUAGAAUGGUGCCUAGAGAUGGAGAGUUAAGAGAGGCAGAGAUGAGGCCCAACUUCCCCCCCACUCCCCCAUACAUACUGUCUGUAAUACUCGUGUGUAGCUUGCUGGCCUGAACAGCUGUGUUUUGUAGUGGUUUGGCUGGUGGAUCCCAAGCUUAGUACAUAAUUAUUUAUGUAGCGUGUAUGAAGUCUGCCCUCUACCUUGAGAGACACUCUUGAGUUUUAUACUUGAGCAGGUUUUAUAAAUAGUCUGACUAGCGCAUUGGUCUUUUCAUUACGUCUCUGCAAGACAGGUGGCGCCACUGCGAAGGGAAGGAAGGAUAUUUUGCGCCCGCAUGCCAGUCCGGUGCACAGCUGAUUAUUUACCCUCAUCUGUGUAUAAGCAGAGUCGUGCUCUUUAGAGUGACAGAAUUCUGCUUUACGUGGCAGUUCCUUCUCAUCAGGUGGCACUAAUGCAUUGAUUUAACGAAUUGAACUUUGAUCCCCGGGCAAAACUGUAUGAUAAUACUGUUUCAGUAGAAAAUCAUAAUUUGGUGUUUUUCUUAGAUGAAUUUACACUUUAUUCUUGUUCAGAUUCCUCCAAAAAAAGAGGGAAUGCUUGUACAGUUACGUGUUCUUGGGGAACCAGUUAAUUCUCAGAACCUCCUCAUUGAGCAGUUUUAUGUUCGCUGCAGACUGGCAGUCUGAACCCAAAGAUAGUCACCACACGCCUACAGACAAAUGCUGACACACACCAACAUUCAUGCCUCACAGGCAGACAUUGGGGAGACAGGAGAGAGGCAGGUGAGUGCCGGUAGUUCCUUUGUAAAUAUGUAUGCUAUUUAAAUGCUUUUGCAUCGCUGCUGGUCUCCUGUCUCUCUUAUAAAGCUGAAUUAAAUUGUAACGGACUGACACUGUGCCUGUUUUCAGAGCAAGCAGGCCUCUGCCCACCUGCUCUUGUACAGUAUGUUUAUGACAGUUGCCCUAACAUCUACAAUGUCCUGAAAUGUUGCUUUAUCACACGGGGCUGACCUUGUGUGUGCAGCAGGUAUGUUUGCUAGCUUUCCUACCUCUGUGUGUCUCAGAGAGGGAGCCGUAGUGACCGCGGGAUCUGAUGCCAAGCAAAGGCAUCCAUGUGUGAGCUGCUAGCGAGGGUUCCCUAACUGUGGGGUGGGUGGGGGCAGCCCUUGGACCUUUGUGUGAGUGUGGAUAUACAGCUAUUUGAUGCAGAUGCAUAGGAGAUGCGCAUUCCCAUGGAAUGUUUCGGGGGGGGGGGGGGGGGGAUCCUGGUUGGUUUGUUGGUUGGAUUGAAAUGUCAGAAGUGAAUGCCUUAAUGAAAUGCACAACAGGCAAUCAGCCAACGAUGCUGGACUGUCCACAGCGGAGGGCCAUGCCGCCUGGGGGGGCUGCCGAUCUGAUUAACUCUGACAGCAGGGGGCCUUCCCCGGGGAACUCGGCACAGCUUGUUUAAGACCACCGCCCUUCCAGCGCCAGAGCAGCAUCUGUUGGUCAUGCCUUGUUAUGUCUGUGUGUGGGUUACUCUUCAUUUGGACCGGGACACCAAGUAUAUUCUCGCCAUGCUGAUAAAUAUCAAUAAAAUAUACUAUUGAUGUAACAUGGACCUCUUACUGAAUUCAGUGCUGGCUGUAUACGUCUAAUAUUAUUACUGUUCUUGUUCUUUUAGCUGUUUUUAAUGUUGUUUUUUUGCAGUUUUGUCAUCUUUGUAAUUGGUCUAAUCGCUAGUAUUAUUGCAAUGCCCUCUGUACACUUAGUCUUUCUGUUAUCUGGAAAACUUGAUUGUAAGCUGAUGGUGUGCAGCAUGAAUAGAAUGUGAAAUGACUCCCAGAUCAAGCAAGCCGCUGUACAUACUGUAGUAAUAUCUGUGUGCUGGUAUCUUUUUCCCCCCAAUUUCACAAUCCCUGAAGGGAAGAGAGGCAGAGUUUUCUGGGUGAAAGCUGUGUAAAUUAUCAGGCUGUAUUUCACUGUUAUGUCAAAAACUGCUUGCUGGUCUCUUCGUGACAUUCUCUGCCUUACUUUAGUAUCCUAAUCUGCAUGAUGUUAGAACUGAAAUUAAACAAUAAAAAACAUAGUUACA